GAAUGGAAAGCAAACAAGAGAUGAUUCCAACCUCGAAAAACUGGAACCCAAAUCCCUUGUCCUCAUGUACCAUCGCUAUCACCAUCGUGGAUGACAGGUAUAAUAGUGCAUGGCCAAGGAACCAAAAAAAGAAAAAGAAAAAAGAGGAUCUCGUUCAAAGUUUACGGUGAAAUAUUCCAAUCAAACGACCACAUGUUCCAGCUUCCCUCUUAAUUGCCGAGGAAAAAGAAAAAUUCUUCCCUUUUGAUCUUCUUUUACUACAUCUUCUUGCCAAAUGGCAUUGUGCUAUCCCACUCCUAUUUUCACACCUGGAAAUUGGAACGACAGCGAUGAGCUGGGUCGACCCGGAGCUCUAAACAGCUCAGAACUCAGAAGGUCAACUUCAGGUCCAGUUCCAAGUUCCAACACCACCAAUCAGAAGGCUUUAUCAGUUCAGAACCUGGUAAGCUUCUGAUCCUCGUAGUUGUCCCACGACACCCAUCAAUUUUAUAAUCUUACUGGGUAUGAGUUUGAAGAAGAAUUGAAAUUCAGCGAUUAUAUUUGCACUAUAAAAAUCUCAAAACACAGUUGAAGCUUUUAUGGGUAAAGGAGGUGGGUGUGUGCCAAGCAAGCACAGGGCACCUGCUGGUGUUGCCGAUCAAGAUCCUACAGCUCCAGAAAGGAACACUCCUGUUUCUGGCCAAAACCAAACCUCAAGUACUAAUAAUACAACAACCCCAGUCCAAGAUGGGGUCCUACAAUCGGCCAAGAAGCUCAGGAUUUUCCUUGUGUUUUACUCGAUGUACGGCCAUGUGGAGCUCAUGGCAAAGACAAUAAAGAAAGGGGUGGAUUCCGUUGUGGGCGUUGAAGGGGUUCUUUAUAGGGUCCCGGAGACACUGCCCCCGGACGUAUUGGCGCAGAUGAGGGUCCCUCAGAAGGACAAUGAGGUGCCCGUGAUAUCUGCGGAGGGUCUGGUGGAGGCUGAUGGAUUGCUCUUCGGUUUUCCAACGAGGUACGGGAGCAUGGCCGCACAGAUGAAGGCAUUUUUUGAUUCAAUGUGGGGGCUGUGGGAGCAGCAGACGCUGGCUGGCGUGCCUGCCGGCUUUUUCGUGAGCACCGGCACGCAGGGCGGCGGCCAGGAGACCACUGCUUGGACAGCAGUCACUCAGUUAGCCCACCAUGGGAUGCUUUAUGUUCCUAUUGGGUACACUUUUGGCGCUGGAAUGUUCAAAAUGGACUCCAUCAGAGGUGGCUCUCCAUAUGGUGCAGGAGUGUUUUCUGGUGAUGGCACUAGGGAACCAAAUGAAACUGAGCUUGCACUUGCAGAGCAUCAGGGCAGGUAUAUGGCUAGCAUAGUCAAAAGAUUUGCCCGAACUUCUUAGUCCGUGCCUGGUUAAAUCUCAACUAGCCUUGCUUGACCAACAUUCAUUUCCAACUCCAUUUUCUGUGCUUAUAUGGAAAUUUGACUUAGUUUUUUUAUGGUCUUUAGAUAUUAUGUGUUGAUAGAUCUAGACAGCUGAGGAACAGUUCAUUUUUUAGCCUCAAUACUUUGAGCUUCCCACUCGGUGGAUUUUACUUCAUUGUUUGCUCAUACGGUUGUAUUUUUGUAUAUGGUGUGAAAAAUCUAUAUAUUUUGAUUGAAUCAAUUCUUAUCAUAAAUAAUAUAAUGGUUUGUGUUC